GGCGGUCCGACAGCAGGGAGGGUCGCGCUGCCCUCUUCGGAGCCCAGUCCUGUGCUUGUGGGUGGGGGGAGUGGGGGGGCCGCCGGCUGCGCCCCGCUUCCUCCUUGCUAGUGGGAGGGAGCCCUGCAGCCGGGCCUGGACAGGCGCCCCCUCGUGGGCCGGUCCGGCCGUCCGGGGCUCCUCCCCGUGAGCUCAGCACCGGGUGGGGCGGGCGGGCGAGCCGGGCAGGCGGGCGAGCGGGCUGGUGGCCCGGCAGGAGCGGCAGGAUGGCGAUCAACACGGAGGCGCCGCUGGCCAAGGCGCUGGAGGGCUCGUCGUCGUCGCCGCCGCCGCUGCCGGCCGAGGCGCACGAGACGGAGCAGCUGCUGACGGCGGGCCAGGGGUUCGAGUCCUUCUCGCCCGGGGGCGCGGCGCGGGCCGACAGCAACGGCGGCGGCCUGCCCUACAAGGCCGGCUCCGAGGGGCGCCUGGAGGGCCCGCCGCUCUCGCCCUCCCGCCUCAGCCUGGGCCGCGCCUCCUCCACCGCCACCACCUCCAACCUGCACGAGCCCGACCGGCCGGACGACUACCUGCUGCUGGCCAUCUUCUCCUGCUUCUGCCCGGUCUGGCCCAUCAACGUCCUGGCCCUGGUCUUCUCCAUCAUGUCUAGGAACAGUGGCCAGCAGGGAGAUGUGGACGGUGCGCACAGGCUUGGACGUGUGGCCAGGUAUCUCAGCAUCCUUUCCAUUGUUCUGGGCAUCGUCAUUAUCAUCUUCUGCUCACUGAAAUUGGCAGGUGUCCUGGACGGCAACUAGCACAAGCAAGAUCUGAGAGGAAGGGCGUGGCAGGUCUUCCAGUCCUGAGCAGCAGUAAAGGAAGAGACUUUUCAGUGGGAGGGGCCCCGGAAGUUGUCUCCACCCAAAAGGAGCGCAUGCACCAUAUCCCCAUAGCUGUUUGGAGCACGAGUUUGUAUUUCUUUGGAAAAUGAAUGGGCAGAGAGGCUUACUGCAAGAGGCUGGGAAAAGCGUUUGUCUUUCCUGCAAGGGGAUUAUCCAUCUUGUCUGUUGCCACCAAGGAAGAGAAAGAUGCAGCAGAGAGAGGCAACAGGCGUACCACUGGGACGAAGCCCGUUUGUUGCAGAGUGAGGAAAACAGUCCGCAAGCUCUAAGGUGACACGUCACCAGGUGAGGCAGAGACCCAGCGAAGAAGCAGGAGAGCAGCCACAGCGGUGCAUCCGAAGCAGACUUCUCAUGGCCGCUCCAACCCUGGACGGAGGCACAAAAGCUCUGGGCUCCAAGGGGGACUUUUGUAUUUUUGAUGACAAAAAAAUCUGACCAAUUGCAUGCCUUGUAGGAAUAUCCCUUUGAGACGUAAGCACUGGACCGUUUCCUUGGUUCGACUGCCGAUUCUCGGCCUGGCUCUGCAUGGCGGGUGUUGAGUUUUCACAAGAGAUCCUGUUUCGCCCCCCCGUUUCGGACAAAGGAUGCCGUGGGCCUUCCUUUCAACCCUGGCGCUGAAUUCCAAUAGCAGCUAACACACGACAGCGGUUUGGGACGUGAGGGCACUCCAUGACCGGUGGCAGUGAACUUCAUCGGCAUGGAGAGUUCUGACCAGGAGGAGGUAGAUUUCCCUGCAUAGCUCCACACCUCUUCUUUUGCCCUGCCCACCCUGGAGCUGCGGGCAGCCAAACACACAAGGAUGAGCACACUGUUAGCCUGGAGCAUGUGGUUUUGAGCAUUUGGACAUGGACAUUGCAAACGCAUCUCCCCCUUUUGUACUGAUGUAUGUCCUGUUCAAAACAACCAUGAGCAUUCAUCUGUAAGAGAGCCAGUGCGGUGUGGUGGUUAAGAGCAGGUGCACUCUAAUCUGGAGAACCGGGUUCGAUUCCCCACUCCUCCACCUGAGUGGCAGAGGCUUCUCUGGUGAACC